GAAAGAUACAGCGGAAAGAUAUAUCCGAUUAAUUUACCAAUUUAAUUAGCACUGUACUUCGCACGUUUCGACGAUAAUGAAGCAACGCACACGUACUUAGCAAUGGCAUUUGGCGUAACACGUGCUUCACACGCAUCUUUUUGCCGCUCAUGUGCAUCCAGUCUUACUUCACAAAUUCCAUUAAUAUUGCACGCACGUCUCGGUGAUCAGAUGAGGAAGUCAUGCCAAAUUGCAUCCGGAAAAUGAAAGUAAACCGCAAAUGUGAUUGGACCUUCAUGCAUUAGUAAGAAAUUGACUUAACCGUCAUCGCAAUGUCAGAUGAAGAUCAACGCAAGUAGACGUAAACCAGAAAAUUUCUUCGCGGAGCAUUGCCAUUUUCUUAAUCUCUAAGUUCACUGUAGACGUUAAAAUUCCUAAUGGUAAUCUAAGAAAGAAAUUAAAAUUAAAUAUCUGCAACGUGUCUCGCAGAGAGAAAGAAUUGGAAUAUUCAAUUUUACUCGGAAGAGAUGCGUGUGCAUGGUCCCAGGAAAUAUUAUCUCUUACGAAGAUGAAAAAGAGGUAUCAAGGUAACGUGCGCGCAAUAGCGUUUGUGCCAUCUGCCUCAUUGUAUCGUAAAUUCAAUUUCUGUUUUCCGAUACACGAAAUUAAUAUGCAUUAGGACUUAUUUAACAAGAACGAUAGUCAAGCAUAUUGUAUAAAAGCUGCUGCUUAGCAAGACUUGUAAAAUAGUCUUAAUUUGUGCACCGUGUCGUACAUUGUCGAAUUAAACAUGCGAAGUCAAAAUGAUAUCUGGAUUAUUACCUUCCUCAUUGCGAUGUUGUUACAGCAUAGUUUGCUAGCAAUUGUAAAUAUUGAAGCUACCAUCACGAAAGAACAGACUACUUCAUCACAUGGAGGUCAAAAAAAGAGGCUUUCGGAUUUAGAAGAAUCAGAGACUACGUAUUAUGUUCAAAAACCAUUUAUUUAUAAUUCUAUAAAACCAAUCUUUUCACGUCUUCCAUCUUUGUCGGGCUUCUCAAAUUCUAUUUUUCCUUUCACUUUUGGCCAAAACACGAGCAACGAUGUUCAUCAACAAAUAAAGUGCGGCGAUUCUUUUCCUCAAACCUGUCAGAAUUCGCGGUAUCGAAGUUACGAUGGUUCCUGCAAUAAUCUUCAAAAUCCAACAUGGGGCCUAGCCAAUACAAGAUAUGGCAGACUUUUACGUCCGCGUUACAGUGAUGGAAUUCGAGCACCGUCGGGAUCGAUUUACGGUGUAGAGCUGCCGUUAGCUCGGAAGGUCAGUUACACUAUGUUCCCGAACAACGACAUUAACGACAAAAGAUGGACCCUGGUGGCGAUGCAAUACGGACAAGUCAUGACGCAUGACAUGGGCUUGAUCGAUGGCACCACUCAAUCGAAAUCGCACAACACCCGAUGUUGUACAUUCGACGGUCAACUACCAUCGGAUGUGUCGACGAAUUCCCGAUGCUUUCCAAUAUUGAUACCCGAACAUGAUCCUGUGUACAGCGGAACCUCCAUAGAAUGCAUGAACUUCGUUCGUAGUACAACCGACCUUGAUCGUGGCUGUUCGCUUCCGUACGUGCCGGCAGAACAGUUGAAUACCGUUUCUCACUAUCUGGACCUUUCACUCGUUUACGGAUCGAAUGACGAAGUCGCCGCUAGUUUGCGGGCCGGUUUCGGCGGUCGUUUAAACGUAGAAUUGAAACAUAACAGGGAAUUUCCACCAUCGGCACCUAACAGAACUGCCGUUUGCGACACGGUAUAUGAUUUUGAGCCAUGCUACGCUACCGGUGACCCGCGAGCCAAUCAAAAUCCACAACUGACGAUCUUACAUAUCAUUUUGCUCAGAGAACACAAUCGCGUUGCUGAUUACUUGGCAGACUUGAAUCCUCACUGGACCGAUGAGACAAUAUUCCAAGAAGCACGUCGGAUCGUAAUUGCUGAACAUCAGAACAUCGCAUACUAUGAAUGGUUGCCGAUUUUCUUAGGUGUAAAACAAGUUUUUACUAAUAAAAUCCUCUUCCAUACUGAUAAUUACGUGAAUGAUUAUGACGAAACCGUUAACGCUAACGUACUGAACGAACAUUCGAAUGCAGCCAUUAGAUAUUUCCAUUCAAAUAUUGCUGGCAUAAUAAACUUAGUGUCGGAAGAUCGAUCCCCCUUUGUUGCUCUGAGAUUGAGCGAUCAUUUUAACAGACCUGGCAUCAUAGAGGAGGGUAACAAUCUGGACAAUUUAGCAAGGGGUUUUUCUUGUCAACUGCAAAAGAACACUGAUGAAUUCUUUGAUAAAGAGAUCACACAAUAUUUAUUCAGAAGAGGAAGAAUCCUCGGGUCCGACCUACGAGCAAUAGACAUUCAAAGAGAUCGUGAUCAUGGGCUCGCUUCCUACAAUGAUUAUCGCGAAUAUUGCGGACUGCCACGAGCGAAAACUUUCAAUGACUUUGCCGAUUACAUAUCUCUUUCGGAUAUACAAAAGCUCUCUACGUUGUACAUUGAUCCGGACGAUGUUGAUUUAUCCGUCGGUGGAUCCUUAGAAAGGCAUAUUCCUGAUACAUUGGCUGGACCAACAUUCCUAUGUAUCAUGUUGAAACAAUUUCAACAAACGCGGGCCGGUGAUCGUUACUGGUUCGAAACAGGAGAUCAAAUAGCAUUUACCAUAGAACAACUGCGCGAAAUACGAAAAUCAAGUAUAUCGCGACUACUCUGCGAUAAUGGCGAUAAUAUUCAAUACAUGCAAAAAUCAGGAUUCAUACACCUCUCCGAAACGAAUCUGCUCGAAAGUUGUGAUGAUCUCCCGCAGGUAAAUCUCUCCUUCUGGAAGGAUUACGCUUCAGAAAAUCAUAUCUACACAUAUGUUACACCAUAAAAAGCGAUAAACAAGCAGAUAAGUCUCUUUUACAAAAAUAUUACAGAGAUACCAGUGAAAA